AUCCGGUGUGCUCGGUGCUGAAAUUUAAGGGAGGAUUCGUUGCGGUGUUGGGUUUUGGUAGAGUCAUCCGCCGCAGUUCUUUCGAGGCAGUUGAAUCUGGGAGGGAUGUUGAGGUUGCGGAGUGGAGCGUAGAGGUUGCUCUGUCUUUCAAUGAACUUGGCUUAGGGUGUUCGAUUGCGGGAGAUAAUUUUUACUAAAUAUCAGAAUGGCAGAUCUCAAAACUAGGCUGUUGCCGCCCCGGCCGCCAGGUGCAGCUGGCCCGUCGGAGUCCAUUUCUAAGAAGUCGGAUAUGUUAAAGCGGUCGCUGUUCCAAGGCAUGGAAGGGGCACCGGUGAAGAAGCGCGGCCAUGGAGUGCGGUCCUGGAUCCGAAUUGAUCCUUCAGGAAAUACUCAAAUUUUAGAAGUAGACAAGGCCUCGCUAAUGCGACGCUGUGAUCUUCCUGCACGAGACUUGCGUCUUCUCGAUCCGCUUUUUGUGUACCCGAGUACAAUCCUUGGGCGUGAGCGUGCCAUCGUGGUCAACUUGGAACAGAUUCGAUGCAUCAUCACUGCUGACGAAGUGCUUCUGCUUAAUUCUAUUGAUAAUUACGUGCUACAGUAUGUGAACGAGCUGCAGAGACGGCUGUUAAUGAAGAAACAGUCUGAUAUUGCCAGCUUCAAGUGGAGGCCUUCCCCUGCUGAUUCCUCGGUCGCUGGGAAUGGCAACGACUUUGAGUCGCAGCUCAUGAGUCUCGAUGAGCGGAAACAUACGCUGCAUGACGGGGAUAUGUUUAGUGGCUCUUCCGCUGAUGAUCUACCCUUCGAAUUUCGGGCGCUUGAAGUCGGUCUUGAGGCUGCCUGCACGUAUUUGGAUACGCAGGCCGCAGAUUUGGAGGAAGAGGUCUAUCCAGUUCUUGACGAAUUAACUACCAGGAUCAGCACACUUAAUCUUGAGCAUGUUCGUCGGUUAAAGAGUCGUCUUGUAGCUCUAACAAGACGUGUACAAAAGGUGCGAGAUGAAAUCGAACAACUAAUGGAUGAUGACAGCGAUAUGGCAGAGAUGUAUUUAACGGAGAAGAAGGAGCAGCAGGCCGACUUUUCUUUUUUUGAUCAAAAAUCUGGAUCUCAUUUGAGCAAUAUUGGACCAGGGUGUUCAAUGUCGGCUCCUGUUUCUCCUGUUGGUUCACCAGUUGGAUCGACACAUCAGUCCUACAUGGACAGACGACUAGAGAAGAGCUUUAGUCAAAAGUCGAGGCAGGAUAGUAUGACUAGUUCAAGAACAACUGAAGUGGAGGAGCUGGAGAUGCUUUUGGAAGCAUACUUUGUUGUCAUAGAUGGAACUCUUAACAAGUUAACUUCGUUGAAGGAGUACAUAGAUGACACGGAGGACUUUAUUAACAUACAGCUGGACAAUGUGCGGAAUCAGCUGAUUCAAUUUGAGCUUUUGCUUACAACGGCAACAUUUGUCUUGGCCAUCUACAGUGUGGUGGCAGGCGUGUUUGGAAUGAAUAUUCCAAUGGCUUUGUUUGACGAGCCUGAGGCCUUCAAGUGGGUUUUAAUUAUUUCUGGGCUUGGUGGCGCCCUAGUUUUCAUAGCAUUUUUAUGGUUCUUCAAGCAAAAACGCUUGAUGCCGUUGUAGCCAUAGUAUUUUUGUCUCGUGUAUUAUUAGUGAAAAUGUUGAAGUAUCUAAUUUCUGGAGAUACCCGAUUCAGAUCUAACUUGUGUAAAGCUACUCUUGAAUCUUUUUGUAGAGUAAUGCUCCUCACUAUACGCUGCAAACUACUUAAACUAGCGCGUUGCAGCGUCAUAGAGGUGAAGCAUUUGCGCAUUUCAUGUUUCUUUGUAAACAUUAAACUCAUUUGCCAAGAAAACAUGCGCAGGUUGAGGAAAGGUCCCUCCUAAUUUUAAGAGGCACAAUGUCACAGAAAAUAGGUCUUUAUUUGUAAGACGGGUUUGCUGGACUCUCGUAAUAGAGGGUGGAGCUAUUCUUUGUCAAUGGUAGAGAAUGAAAGCUCGGAUACGAUUUUGUAAGUAAUUUCACUCUAUAAUUUACUUUGCUAGUGAUUAUACUUAUGU